AUGUCUCUCCCAGCAGCAGCAUCCGCAAAUGCUGCGGCCUCAGCUAGAAGAAGGGGUCCCAACCUGAAUAUAGUGGUGUCGUGUCCAGAGUGCAAGGUUUACCCCCCCAAAGUCGCUGAGCGUUUUAGUGAAGGCGACGUUGUGUGUGCUCUAUGUGGUUUGGUACUUUCUGACCGUAUUGUGGACACCCGGUCUGAGUGGCGUACAUUUUCGAACGACGAUCAGAACGGUGACGACCCGAGUCGUGUUGGUGAGGCCUCUAACCCGCUUCUUGACGGUAAUCAUUUGUCUACGAGAAUAGGUCAAGCCCAAGGAAGUGACAUUAAACUCAUGAGAGAUUUGAACCGAGCUCAAAGCAAAAGUAUAGUAGACAAAAAAGACAAUGAACUACAAGCGGCUUACGCUAAGAUUACAAUGAUGUGCGAUGCCGCAGAAUUACCCAAAAUUGUAAAAGAUUGCGCAAAGGAAGCAUACAAGAUCUGCUACGAAGAGAGAGCACUCAAGGGAAAAUCACAAGAAAGUAUUAUGGCAUCUGUCAUUCUGGUUGGUUGUAGAAGAGCUGAAGUUGGCAGAUCUUUCAAAGAAAUCCUUUCCCUGACUAACGUUAAGAAGAAGGAAAUUGGUAAAACUUUUACAAUCAUAAAAAACAUUUUGAGAGAAAAGAACGCCAAUGGGUUUGCAAACAUUGAUACUUCGACAAUUUCCUCUGGCCAAACAUCUGCGGAGACUUUCAUUCCCAGAUUUUGCUCUCAUUUGGGACUUUCUGUCCAAAUUGCGAACGCUGCAGAAUAUAUCGCAAAACAUUCGAAGGACAUCAACGUCCUGGCAGGUAAGUCUCCAAUCACAAUAGCCGCGUCUGCAAUUUACUUGGCUAUUCAACUUUUCAAGGUGAACAUUUCUGCGACACAGGUCUCCCACACUCUGCAAGUCACCGAGGGUACGAUUAAAGGUGGUUACAAGAUCUUAUAUGAAUACAGACACAAGGUUGUUGACCCACAGCUAAUUUCUUCAGGGAAAAUUAAUCUGGAUAAUUUGUCCAAAAUUAGUGACAAAGGCGAAAAAGCUACCGAAUAG